ACGUAAAUACGAGUAUUUGACACAAAUCUAUUUAAAACUUAUUAAACCUUUCAAGUGAAGGUUUUGGCUCAGCUGGAACUUUGCUUCUAAUCUUGGGAACUGUAUUCUCAGAUGGUGUCAAACCUAUGGAGAGGCCACAAAGGGAAGUUAAUAGGAAGGUUUACUGGUUGCGAAAUUUCAGUUUUGCGAGAUAUGCAAAACGCUGCCUUUGUUCGUUUGGAGAAGAACAAUGGAAUGAAAUUCUUGAGGCAUUCUUCCAAAGCAAUUGCAGAGUGACGGAGUAAAGCUGAGUACAUGAGAAUAACAUACACGGGACCAAGCCGAACAGCUUAUUUCCGUGCGUGUAUGUCAUGGUCUGGAUUCCGGAGUGGUGACUGAUUUCCACCCAGAUUGUUCACCUCCCUGGUCGCUCAUUGGUGUUUAGAACGGCGCUUCGUUGCAUCGACUCAUCCCGACAUUACAUCUGAUUGGUGUGAUUUAUCACAUGCAAUUCAUGAUUCUGACACGUCAAAAUCUACUGGUUAUUUGGAAGGGAGCAGUGGUUUCUGUGAAAACUUCUCAAAGAAUUAACUUUCACAACUGUUAGAGUGUCAGGAUUUGGUGAACGAACUGCUCAGUGUCUGCAUUCUGUUACUGUUAAGUUUUAGUCUCUGACAGCGAACACCCAAAAGAUGUUGCCAGAUUUUCUGGCUCUGAUUCUGCUGCAGCUUUUAAACUGCAGACCCGGGAACAGUCAGGCUCACCGAUCAGAGAACGUGAGGCUCGUGAACGGAGGCAGUCGGUGUGCAGGGAGAUUGGAAGCUCGCGACCGGCAAGGAUGGGGGACUGUGCAUGAUUAUAACUGGGACCUGAAGGACGCCGCUGUCGUGUGCCGGGAGUUGGGCUGCGGGACAGCGCUCUCAGCACCGCGCGGGGCUCAUUUUGGAGAGGGCUCGGGUUCCGUUGUUUACUAUUCUGUUGGGUGCGAAGGGACCGAGUCUGCUCUGCAGGAGUGCGAGAAUACUUCACCGUUUUACGCAACCGGGUUGUCGCACGCGAAUGAUGCCGGAAUCAUCUGCUCAGGAAAUGUCAGGCCCAGACUGAUUCCAGAAAGCAAACCAUGUGCCGGAAGGCUGGAGAUUCACUCGAACGGAAAAUGGGCUACAGUUUGCGAAGAUCCGUCCUGGUCGUUAGAGAAUGCAGAAGCUGUUUGCAAGCUACUGGACUGUGGCUCUGUCGCUGAAAUGCCGCUCACUCCUCAAUUUGGACCUGGCUCGGGUCCUGUCAUUGGACCACCAGACUGUGGACAUAAGCGGGACGUUGAAGUAGUCUGUUCAGGUCGCAGAAUCCCCCGGCUUGUAGAUGGAGAGUCCCAGUGCUCGGGCAGACUGGAGAUCCUGUACGCUGGAAACUGGGAAACAGUGUGUGACCUUCACUGGGAUUUGAACAUUGCCAAUGUGGUCUGUGCUCAGCUGAGCUGUGGAGUCGCCCUGUCCGUGCCGAGAGGAAUUCGUUUCGGAAAUGGCACUGGGCUAAUACGGAGAAAUCGCUUGGAAUGUAAAGGCAAUGAGAAAAGUCUGUUGGAUUGUGCCCUUUCUCCAGUAACUCAGCAUGAAUGCACCCACAGGAAUGAUGUCAGUAUGAGCUGUUUCAGUGAACAUUGGCCGAUCAGGUUGACAAAUGGCGGAAGUCGGUGUGAUGGAAGAGUGGAGAUUUACCAGGAUGGCAGCUGGUGUCAAUUACAGGACAAUAUGUGGGACCUGAAUGAUGCUAACGUGGUGUGUAGGCAGUUAGGCUGCGGCGUCGCCAUAGCUGCUUCUAACUCUUCAAAAUACGGCGAGGGUGGAACGACAGUCUGGGCAAUUGACGUGCAAUGUAAAGGAAACGAAUCACAUCUACGAAAUUGUAGCACAGUCCCAUUAGAUUCUCCUGUCCACGACAGUUUUGGCGUAGCGGUCCUGUGUUCAGAUCACAUGCAAAUAAGGCUGUCCGGCGCUGGGACCAGAUGUGCUGGCCGACUGGAAAUUUAUUACAACGGUACCUGGGGUUCUGUUUGUGACGACUCCUGGGAAAUGACAGACGCUGAUGUGGUUUGCAAACAGUUGGGUUGUGGAAGGGCCUUGAACACGACACUUCCUGCUUCUUGUGAACCCAACUCAGGCCCCAUUUGGUUGGACGAGGUGAAAUGUUCCGGGAAAGAAGAAUUGCUCUGGAAAUGUCCCUCAGCGUCGUGGAAUAACCACGACUGUUUUCAUAAGGAGGAUGUGAGGAUCAUGUGUUCAGGUAUUGUUUGUUUUCUUCACACUAAAUGCCAAAGCUUCACACGAAGCAUGCUUCACUGUGUAAUACCAACAGUGCAGCAGAGAACAGCAAUAAAUUCUUCCUGUAUAGUGGUCUGGCUGGUCCUGCUGAUCUUCCCAU